CACGGGGCUUGAAUGGCCAGAACGAAGCUGCCUCGCGACUAGCUGGGAAGGCGCUAACUCGCCCUUCCAAGCACCCUUGCGAGGCGCCUCUUUUUCAAAGCCUGUCCUCCUCGAUCCCGCCAGCCUCAGCGGCCAUGUCUUCCGCGCACGGCGGCGCUCCCGGCAGCUCCUCUCUCCCGUCCCGUGAUGCCUCGCGCUGCAAGCGGAACAGGCGCAAGAUGGCGGCUGAGCGGCAGGUGGCCGGUGGCGGCGGGGGCAGCGGCGGCCGAGGAGGUGGCGGCACCGGAAGUGGGGGUUCCGCAGCGGGUCCCGAGGAGAACAAGGAGAAUGAGAAGCCGAAGGCGGGCGAUCUCGGGGACAGCCUGGGCCUGGAGAUUCUUCAGAUUGUUAAGGAAUCACAGCAGCAGCAUGGGUUACGACAUGGUGACUUUCAGAGAUAUAGAGGUUACUGCUCCCGCCGGCUAAGACGGCUCAGAAAAACACUGAACUUCAAGAUGGGAAAUAGGCACAAGUUUACAGGGAAGAAAGUGACAGAAGAGCUGUUAUCUGAUAACAGAUACUUGCUCUUGAUUCUGAUGGAUGCUGAGAGAGCUUGGAGCUAUGCUAUGCAGCUUAAGCAAGAAGCCAACACUGAGCCUCGCAAGCGUUUUCAUUUGUUAUCUCGCCUGCGCAAAGCAGUAAAACAUGCUGAGGAGCUGGAGCGUCUGUGCGAAAGCACCCGGGUGGAUGCCAAGACCAAGUUGGAAGCUCAGGCAUAUACAGCUUACCUCACAGGGAUGCUCCGCUUUGAGCACCAGGAAUGGAAGGCAGCGAUGGAGGCUUUUAACAAAUGCAAAACCAUAUAUGAAAAGCUGGCCAGUGCUUUCACAGAGGAGCAAGCUGUAUUAUACAAUCAACGUGUGGAGGAGAUUUCUCCCAAUAUUCGAUAUUGUGCCUACAAUAUUGGUGACCAGUCUGCUAUUAGUGAGUUAAUGCAAAUGCGUCUGAGAUCCGGAGGAAAUGAGGGGCUUCUUGCUGAAAAAUUGGAGGCACUAAUCACCCAAACUCGAGCAAAACAGGCCGCCACUAUGAGUGAGGUAGAAUGGAGAGGAAGAACUGUGCCAGUGAAGAUAGACAAAGUGAGGAUCUUCCUACUGGGACUGGCAGAUACUGAAGCAGCUAUUGCUCAGGCAGAAGAAGAAGAAACUAAAGAACGCUUGUUUGAGUCCUUAUUGAGUGAGUGUCGAGAUGCAAUACAGGCUGUUCGUGAAGAACUGAAACCAGAUCAGAAGCAACGGGAUCUCCCUUCAGAAGUGGAUUCUGGGAAAGUCACUAAUAUCCAAUACCUGCACAGUUACCUGACCUACAUCAAGCUGUCCACAGCGAUCAAGCGCAACGAGAGCAUGGCAGAGGCUCUGCAGAAGGCACUGCUUGAACAGCAGCAGCCGCCAGAGGAGGAUGGCAAGCGCACCGCUCGGCCUCAGGACUUGAUACGCCUUUAUGACAUCAUCUUACAGAAUCUGGCAGACUUGCCGCAACUUCCUGGCCUUGAAGAAGAUAAAAGCUUUCUGAAGGAGAUAGGGAUAAAGACCCUGGUGUACAAGGCUUACAGGUGUUUUUUCAUUGCACAGUCGUAUGUUCUAGUGAAGAAAUGGAGUGAAGCUCUCGUUUUGUAUGAUCGAGUUCUGAAAUAUGCCAGUGAAGUUCAGGCCCAAACUGGAACAUGUAAAAACAGCCUGAAGGAGCUACCUGAUGUUCAAGAGUUGAUCACCCAAGUGAAUGCAGAAAAAUAUUCCUUGCAAGCAGCUGCCAUAUUAGAUGCAGGUGAUGCCCAUGAAAUUGAGUCCCCAUCCCAGGUCAAGGAUGGAAAGCCACUUUCUGAACGGUUUGAGACUUUCUGUUUGGAUCCUUCUCUCGUCAGCAAGCAAGCCAGUCUGGUGCAUUUCCCUCCAGAAUUCCAGCCAAUACCAUGCAAGCCUUUGUUCUUUGACUUGGCUCUCAACCAUGUCACUUUCCCACCUCUGGAGGACAAAGUGGAGCAGAAAGCAAAGAGUGGUCUUACAGGAUAUAUCAAAGGCAUCUUUGGAUUCCGAAGUUAACCAGGACCGUUCUCAAGAAGAGUGUUUCUUUUCCUGUAUUCUUGGGAAACUUCAGCAGGUUCAGACCUUGUGCCUGAAAUCUACAUGGGAGGUUUUUAAUAUAUUCCCAGUAUGCUUCUCUGUCUCUACACCUGGUUUGUUAGAAACUUUAUACCCCAAGAACAUGCAUAAUAAUGGUCUCUCCAACAUCUGAAACAGACGGAAAUUUUAUCCUGCCCUCUUGAAAGAGCUGGAGUCUUGAACUAUUUUGCCCAGUAACUCAGGCAGGACUAAUACCCAUUUAGUAUGGGCUAGGUAUAUCUUAAUCUUCAUUUAAUGGCUGACACUAAACUUGAUUAUUUCUCUUUUGUGUGUGUUUUUUAAAUGCUAGCCCAUCCUCUGGACAGUACAGAGGGAAACCAAAGGCACAAAUAUGUACCUAUCCAGGAUUUGCAAAUGAGCUGUCUAAGCAGUGGGUAUGAAACCCAAAGUUGACUAAGUCCUUGUUCUGUUAUAGCCAUGUAAAGUGUAUGUUUUCUGUUUUAAGUUUCAGAAGCUUCAGAGCUUUGAGAUUCUUGGCUUAAGGAUCAGGGUUGAUAGAUUAUGAUUUAAAAUCUAUGAAGGUAAAAUGAGAUUGUUCUAGAACACACUUUAAGCCCAUGCUUAAACAUUGCUUAAGCCCAUGCUUAAACAAAAGCCCAUGCUUCUACAUUGAGGCACCUUUUCUCGGAACAGAAGGAUUUUGUUUCUGAGGUACUCCCCAACUGCAGAGUAUUUGGCUGCAGAGAGAUCAAGCCAUUUCAGUUUAUACCCCGAGAGACUCCAUAUAUUUCUUCUCCCUUCCUGUUUUACCUAGUUGAAACUGUUAUAUUGGGGAGAAUCUUACCUUUCUUUUUUGGUUGCUUAUUCUUUGUCUUUUUUGAUGUUACAUUUCACUAUUUUAAGAAAUCCAGAGUGAGGAAUCAGUAAAUGAAAUCAGUGGAAUCCUAAGCAAUAAAGAUCUUAGCCAUGUGUUCCUGGAUGCAUUUUCAAUGAGAGAGCAUUUAAUUGUGCUGUGGGAAUCCAAGUAUCCUCAUGUCAAUGUUACAAAAACAAAAAUCGUAGGCACAGUGGUUCUAAAUACUGGUGAACCUUAACUGUAUUUGGGAAAGUUUCCGUGAACUAUGUUGCUUGUUUUAAAGGAUUUAUUCCAGUUAGUCUGAAAUAUUAGUUGAAUCAGACAGUACUUAGCUAUAUUCUAAUGUUCAGAUUUUUGUCAUAUUGCAUACCAGUUUUGCUUUGUUUCUGGGCAAUGUUAGAAACAGUAGAUAAACUGGAUUGUUUAGUUAUGGACAUUAUUCCAUAAAAGGUGCUUCUCAACAUUGAGUUAGCAAGCUGCAGCAAAUUUUUUUCAAAUUAAAGAAAAAUUGCAUUUAAUUAUACCAGAAUUACUGAAUCUGUUUACUUUGUAUUUUUUAAAAAAAUUAUUUCAGGAGGGUUUAAUGAUUCCACAUCUGUGUUGAAACCUAUAUAUGAAAUAGGUUUUCUGACCUGUCUUGUGGAAGGUGAAUUUUAUAGAAGAAAACUAUUGUGGAAGAAGUGGAAUUGAAGAAUAUUUUUUAAUUUUAUCAAGUGAUGAAAUUUCAUGGAGAUGAGGUCUAGAAAGCUAAGUGACUUGGUUGUAUUCAGGACUAAAUGGAAACAAGCAAUUUCUGUCAGUUACUGUGGUCAAGUCUCCUUUGUGGGAUGUGCCUCUUAGUGUGUGUUUGUGCUGUACUUUGCUACAGGCUCCCUUGUUGUCCUCCCUUUUCAGAUAUGAAUUAAACCUGAUAAUUGUGUUCCUCUUCUGAAUGCAGCCUAACUCUGUUUUAUUUACCUUUUUUACCCCAGGCUUGUGGGAAACUGGGCAUAUUCCACUCACACUGCUUUUGCCUUUUGUUUGCUAUCACAAAUUAUUUUACAUCCUUUGUUAAACAUAUUGUGGCACAAAGUAUAUUGGACAGAAAAAAUCCUGAACCAAUAAAAAAUUGUCUCCUG